GCUUUUCAGAAGACGAAAAACAAAUCUCUAGCUACACGUGGUGGGAAGAAAUGCAACCGUCAGCAUGCACGGAUGGAAAAGAAAAAUGUAACAUACCUUUGAACCGACUUUUUCCAUGUUGGUACAGAAGGGGCUGGCCGGUCCUCCCCAGAACGUUUUGUUUGACACCGUCUCGCGGAGUGUAUUUAUAAGACUGUCUUAGAAGAUCUGAACUCAUACCAAACAUACAGCUCGUCAAGGUAUACUAACUUACAAGAAUCUGUAAAUCUACGUGGCUUGAAAAAGCUUCUUCAGUGUCGGAUAGUGCGUGCGUGAAAACAGUGCCGUUGGAGGACCUCACAAUGAUCGGAAAGGUGCUAGUACUCGCAGCUACAUUUGCCGUAGCAGUCGCAGCUCCUGUUUACGGACCAAUCUCUUACGGUCCAGCACUAUCGUACGGUUAUGCAGCCAAAGCUAUUCAACCUCUACACACAGUGACGUUAGCCAAACCAGUAGUAGCAGCAGCCCCAUUCAUCCACCAUGCUCCGGUGUUUGCACAUGGUCCAGUUGUGGCACCAGUUGUCAAGCACGUCGAAGCUUUCGAUCCAAACCCACACUACAGCUUCAGUUACGGAGUAGCCGAUCCUCAUACCGGUGAUUCCAAGCAUGCUGAGGAACACCUGGAAAACGGAGUAGUGCACGGAAGCUACUCUCUGACCGAACCCGAUGGUACCAUCCGCAAGGUUACCUACACCGCCGACAAGGUCCACGGAUUCAAUGCAGUCGUAGAAAAAUCUGGCCAGGCUGUCCAUGCGGCGCCAGUUUUCAAGAAGGUCUUAGCUCCAAUCGUGCAUGCGGCUCCAGUCGUGCACUACCACCAUUAAAUACCGUUGGCCGAAACCGAAACUGCCUUUUAACUCAAGUUGUAUGAUAUGUUUAUUUAGUAUGUAAGAGUAGCGAAUA